CAGUAGCAGCUGGUAGCGGGAAAUCGAAACUCAAGCUGUUAAAACCGCUGCCCCUACCCUUCGGAAUCGCAUCUCGAGACUCCCUAAGCGUCCCAGCCCUCAUCCCUCCCGCAGUGGGCGCCCGGGAACCCGCGGACUCAGAGCUAUGUUCACCCGCACUCGGGUGGCGGGCUCCGGGCUCGGCGCCUCUUCCGCCCCCCGCCCGCCCGGGGACCGCCCUGGACGGCGCCCGGAGCCAGGCCAGCUGCGAGGUCCCAGAACGGGCUUGGAGGCGGCGUCCCACAGCCCUGCGCAGGAGAGCCCGGGACUCCCGGGCCAUCGGCUCACAGGCGCAUAUACUGUGAUAGCACCAAAUGAAAACCGAAGAAAUCAGAUACAAAAGAUUGCUGAGAAAGAGCUGGAGAGUCUUCAGAAGUGGAAGGAGCAACAUAGAGCAAAGCCUGUUAACCUGGUGCCAAGGCGGUUAGGUGGAAGCCAAUCAGAGGCUGAAGUCAGGCAGAAACAACAACUCCAACUGAUGCAAUCUAAAUACCAGCAAAAGCUAAAAAGAGAAGAAUCUGUAAGAAUCAAGAAGGAAGCGGAAGAAACCAACAUGCAAAAAAUGAAGGCAAUUCAGAGAGAGAAGAGCAAUAAACUAGAGGAGAAAAAAAGACUUCAGGAAAACCUCAGAAGAGAAGCAUUUAGAGAGCACCAGCAAUACAAAACUGCUGAGUUCCUUAGCAGACUGGACACAGAGCUGCCAGACAGAAGUACCCAUCAAAUUGCUCUUCGUGAUCCACAGUCUUCAACUUGGAAACUUCCUGUCCUGCCUGGGAAUCACAGCUGGGUCAGAAGCCGGGCUUAUAAGGAUUCUCUAAAGGAAGAAGAAAAUAAAAAAUUGCAAAAGAUGAAGGAGGAACAACAUCAGAAGAGUGAAUUACUGAAAUUUCACCAACAGCAACAGGAGGAAGAAAGAACCAAAACCCACCAAGCUGAACACAGGAGGGUAAAUAAUGUUUUUCUGGACCGGCUCCAAGGCAAAAGUCAACCAGGUGGCUUCGAGCACUUUGGAGGCCAUUGGAAUAUGAAUAGUGGUAACAGCUGGGAUGUAUGAGAAAUACUUACAUCUGUCCUUUGUCAACUGACCUUGAAGAACCUCACUUGAUUUUCCUUAAUGCUCCUUUGUUUAUCCUCACUGUUUUUACCUUGACUUCAAUUGCCCAUCCACUCAGCUGAAGAACAACUAGGGAUGACCAGUUUUUCCUUGUAACUAUUUUUGCAUGUUUGCAGGAGCUGAUUGCUGAGCUCAUAUUUAAUUUCUACUGCCAGUGAAAUGUUAUACUAUUUCUCUCAUUGGUUUCACAUCUUAUUGGAAGCCUAAUUACAGCAAUGUUAGUAAGAUGAAAAAGGAGGGAAUCAUUUGAUACUUUCAGGUUUGCAAGAGCUAUGGGUGCUACAUGCUUGUCUCUCAAAGCAGCUAAUUCUUACGUAAUUCUCAGAUCACGUUUGGGGAAGAUUUGGCAUUUUUUAGAUUUUGAGCUCUACUUAACCCAGGGUACAAACUUGAGCAAAAGAAAAAAAAUAAAUCUUUUAUACUGUUUUAAACACAUUUAUAAAUAAAUUUUGAAGUACUUCUGUAUAAA